AUGGAUAAGGUCCCUGUUUGGAUUCAAUUGCAUGGACUUGAAUUAAAAUACUGGAACUUGAAUUCAUUAGGUAACGUGGCAAGUACUAUUGGAUGCCCAAUCAAGGCUGAUGAACAUACUGUAAAGAAAAUCAGGGUUCAGUAUGCUAGACUCCUUGUUGAAAUGGAAUUAUCUGAUAGUGUGCCGGAUAAGAUUGCGUUUGAGGAUGAAACAAGCAAUGUUAGGGUACAGAAAGUGGUUUAUGAAUGGUUGCCGUCUAUCUGCAAAUGUUAUAAGGGGUUUGGGCAUCUUAUAGAGAAUUGUCAAAAGAAGGUAACCAGUGUCGAAAAGAAAGUACCAGUGUCAGUAUCUGAAUGGAGACAAGUCAAAAAAGAUAAAGGUGGAGCACUGCUAGGUGACUCAGAGCUUGUGUUGCAAGAUAAAGCUGAUGUAAAACCUGCAGGAUAUGUAACAGGUGAUAAUGGAACAGUUGCCAGUGUAGUAAUGGAGGGGAAUAGUGAGUUUAUGGGUGAUGUAGUGGGAAAGAAGGUUAGUACUGAUGUCCAGGCUACUCAGAUUACAGCUGUUAGGAAGCCCCAAUUUGGGACACCUGAAAAAUUGUAA